GCUCUGGCAAACAGACCGGAAACGCUCACUAUAAAUAACGGAAACCGAAGUCAUACUCAAUCCAAUUCAGAUUUCACUCUCAAAGAGACAGGUCGACAAAUUCUACAAAGGCAUUUUAGGAAAACAAGAUACAAUGACCGGUUUUUCUGACAUUCGUUCAUUUCUAACACAACAUGAUGUUACGGAGCGGGUCAAGGAGCUGCAGCGUGCUAUCCAGGAAAACAGUCUCAAACUGGAAGAGGUCCGACAGCAGAGGCUGCAUGUCGAGGAAGAAAAAACUCAGUGCACCAGGGAGGCUGAGCGAAGGAUGGAGUUGAUGAAGAAGAACAGCAGAGUUGUUGAUGUUUUACAGCAACUGGGUCAUAUGCUGCAAGAAGAAAGGCGUCUUUCUGAACAACUGCAUGGUCAAGACUCUGAAGACAGAAACCAAAAGAAUGAAGAGGACAGGAGUGAAUGUUUCAAAAACAGGGCAAGAAGCCUCACUGCUGAAAUUCUGGACACAAAACAACGUCUGGCGGAGGCCAAGGCUCGUAAUAUGGCUGCAGAGGCUUUGAUCCACCCACCAACCAGAAAGUCAAAGCAAAAUCAAAGCAAACCCAAGUGAAUCAAACAUUUAAAGAUUGAUUUGUAAAUUACAGGUACAUUUGUUUACAUUUUUUGUUGAAUUCAAUAUUUGUAAUUGAUUUUAUAUUUAUACUUUGUUGAACCUAAUAAAAUUUUGACUUGA